AGUGUGGAACUGCGAUUGCGAUGUGUUUCCCUAUGUUUUCAAUUUUCAAGAUUUCCCUAAUUAACUAGAACGCUAUAUUGUCUUACAUUAUCUACAAGAGCGUUUAUGAUCCGAGGAUGUAAUUAGUGAGCAAGAAGUCGAUAACCUUUUGUGUCGUUGUGCUAUAUGUGACACGAAAUUAGGAUAAUUAUUAUUGUUUUCAUCUGUCCACAUAAACAUGGCUGCUGCAACUACUCAUCUUUAUAUUUAACGCAAAUGAAUUCAAGAAACAUCCAGACUGUCCCAGUGAUCAACAUGAUCAUUCAACGCCCAGGCUGUGUCUGCAUGUCAGGCUGUGGUCUGGGCAAACUAUGAACUUAUUUGGUUGCCUGUUUCCAUGUGCACUGCAGCACAGUUGGUGGAGUGUUGGUAGUGAGCAGUGCAUGCCAGAAGAAUUCACACACAGGAUGGGAGUGAAUGCAUCAACUUCACCAGGCACUGAUGCAAGCUUGGUUGCUGGAUUUGGAGGAGACACCUGCACCACUGUAUACAGGGAUACCAUAGGGAUGGUUAGGGAAAGGAAGAAGAAAGUGACAGGAUUUGCUACCCUGAAGAAAAAGUUCAUAAGACGAAGACGAUCCUCAAAGGCUUGCGACCAUGGCAGGAUGCUCAGGGAGCUGGUGUCGGACUGGAGUCCCUUAGAGGUGGCCGCGCUGCUGGAAGAGUACGAAGCCCUAGCCGCCCUGAAAGACCUAUGUGUUCAGGCAGAGUUGGCUCGGCCGCCUGCCGCCACCUUCAAACAAGAUCUCUCCGCUCUGUACGACUUCAAGUAUUGCACUGAUGCGGACUUGGUGUACCGGGGCGCUUGUUUCCCAAUACACCGGGCCUUGCUGUCUGCUCGUUGCCCAUACUUCCGAGAUCUCUUGGCCGGUUGUCCCGGUUAUGGGGCGAGAAUUUGCUUGGAACUGCGGACUGCCACCGUCGACGUGCAAUUGUUUUCUGCCUUGUUGCGCUAUCUCUACACCGGUGAUAUUUGUCCGCAUAAUACUAACAUCGACAUGAAUUUGUUGAGAAGACUGAGGGAGGAAUUUGGGACUCCCAAUGCUCUUGAGGCCGAUCUGAGAUAUUUACUUGAAACCGGGGAUUAUGCUGAUGCUGCUUUAGUGUUCACUUCUGAUGGGUCUGAUUGUCAGAGGCCCGAUUCUGGAAGCUCGGAGUACGGUUUUAGGCCCAAACUAGAGUUGCCUUGUCAUAAAGCUAUCCUUUCAGCCAGAUCGCCGUUUUUCAGGAAUUUGCUGCAAAGGAGAUCGAAAAGUGGAGAGGAACAUACUGAGAGGGCACUUCACAUUCCCACAAGGAUUGUUCUUGAUGAAACUGUUAUUCCCAAAAGGUACGCCAGAGUCCUGCUACACGCGAUCUACCUCGACCAGGUGGACCUGUCUCUGAUAUCGCGCGGCGGGUGCGGCGGCGGUCUGGGGGAGGCGCAAGCGCUUGCGCACACCGGCCGCGCCCGCCCCUCGCCGCUAGAGGAGGCCAUGGAGCUGUACCAGAUCGGGCGCUUCCUCGAGCUGGAUAUUCUGGCGCAGGGCUGCGAGGACCUCGUCCUCGAGUGGCUGGCGUUGGAGACGCUGCCGGCGGUGCUGCAGUGGGCGAGACAGCCGCACGGCUCGGCCUGGGUGCAUAGACAGGCACUACAUUUUUUACGAGAAGAAUUUCAACCUAUUGCACAGUCGUCCGUUUUGCAUCAACUCGAUAAAAUCCACUUGAUAGAGGUUCUGAGAAGUCCCUUUUUGCAAGCUAGUGAGCUGGAGGUGUUGCAUGCUGUACUUAAAUGGGGGGAACAUGAACUUGUACGAAGAAUGGAGGAUAGAGAGCCCAAUAUCGUUAGUCACACUGCCCAUUCGGUAGCCCGCAAGGGUGUCAAAAAGCGGGACCUGAGCGAUGUGGAACUCCGAGAAAUUCUCUCCGACCUGCUGCCUCUAGUCAGGAUGGACCACGUCCUUCCGCCGAACAGCGAUGUACUCAACCAUGCCAUUCGCAGAGGGCUGGUGAGUACUCCACCUAGUCACAUGAUCGGAGGAGACCGAGAAAACCUGCGCGUAAAUGCCUGGAUCCGAGGAGGGAAGAACAAUGGACUAUUUGUACAACCCAGACUGUUCAUGCCUUACUAUGAUGAAGUGAAGGUGCUGGUGGAGGACCAGCUGGUCCAGGAGGUGGAGAUAAUGCGCCUGCGCCGGGCUCGAUACAUGCAAGACAUUCCAGACACCCUGUACAUGGUGGAGGAGAAGCCCCGGCCGCACGGGCCUGCCGGGGUCGACGUUCUAGCGUCCGUGUUGCCAGUGCCCGAUCCGGCUGUGAUGAGUGCCAUGCUCAAACGGGAACAAAAGCUGCGCCAAUCGCCGAGCUGCCAGCGCGCCCUCAACAUGCCCCUAUCCUCGCGACUCGAGAUCAACCGCCAGAUCCGCUUACGAGUAGUUCGCGAGUUCAAUCUGCCCGACCCGGUGGCCGACAUGCUCGAGAACAGCCACUGCCUGCCCGACCCGAGCGACGACCUGCCCCAGACGUCGCCCGGCAGGCCGCCCAAGGGCAAGGGCAAGAGCGUGGGGUUCGUUAGGCAGGGCUACGCACAGCGGCAGGAGCUGCCCGCCGUGGUGCCGGAGGGCGAGUUCCGGUUCGCGGCGGAGCCCGAGAGCAGCUCGUGCAGCGACGGGCACUUGUCGGAUAUUAUGCCGGACGUGGCGAUGGCGACGGCGACCAUAGGCCAAAUGCAGUUGCAGGAACAACAGGAAAUGGAGCUGGAUUUGGGGGACGGUAACACAAGGAUUCACAGUUCGCUAGGGACUCAGGCAAUGUCGGGAUCUGUUCACCGCCCGCUUUCAUAUCGGCGAUAUCAACCUUCUACGUACCCUCAUUUGAGGUCUGAUUCUCAAACUUAUAAUCCACCAAUGCCGAGGUUUCUCUAGUUUUAAGUCAUAUUUUGAUUCCGCUUGUGUGUUAUGUAUAUAAAGCGUUUUAUCCCUAAGAGAUAUUUUUAUGAUAAUACUGUAGGAAAUUGACAAAUGUUCAUUUUGGGGUGGCUUAUUUUAUGACAGACAGUUUUUUUACAUAAAAGUGCAUUGGAAAUCGUUAUUAUUUGGAUGAAUGGGGAAUUAUUUGAUAUCAUAUAAUUUCUUCCUCUUUCUAGGUUUUUUUUCUAUCUUCAACAAACAAAUGUAUUGAGGAGCCAUGGAAUAAUUGUAGUUGUGACUUCAAGAUGUCACUAUUGGUACAAAUUGAAUUGUAGCUACCUCAAAAUAUAUAUGGACAGUGAUAUUUUUAAUCAAAAAAUUCCGAAAUGUUAUCGGAAUUGUAAUAUUUAAUUUUUUUUUAGAAUAAUAAGUUUUCAACAGUUGCAAAAUAAUUAGCAUCUUUUCUAUUUCAAUCGCUUUUUUGGGACUAUCUUAAACAAUAAAUCUAUUCCUGGAAUGUAAAGAGGGUAAUUUUGAUUUGUAAGAAUCAUGAAUAGAAAACCUGAUUCUUGCUUUCAACACACGGACAGCAUAGAAUAUACAUAAAUCAUACGUUUUUUGGAAAAUCUGAGAAGAUUCAUUGGUACAACAACAAAUUCAUUCUAUUUUGGAAUAUCACUCCUGGCACUUCUUUCUUUCAGUAAAACAAAUUGUUAGAAUAUUGAAUUUUCAUAAAUUUUUGAGUUGUUGAUUGGAAGAAUAAAACUUUGAAAAUUGAAGAAAUUAUCUGUAGAAUAUCAAAAGUGAUUUUUUUAAAGUUCCGUUUUCGUUAAAGUGAAAGAUAUUACUGGAUUAUUAUGUGGCAAAUUUUUCUCAAUAAACCUUCAAAUUUGUCAGCCCCAGUUGAAUGUUUUGUGAUUUUUUUGAGAAUUUGAUAGAAAUUUCUCAUUAGGGUUAUUUUCAGUAAUAAUGUACAACUGUGAUUUUCUGUGAAAAGACCGUUUAUAGAAUUUAAUUUAUUUAUUUGAAUGAUGAAAUGAUGAAUGAGCAUUGAGUGUAACUGGUUAUGUAUUAUGUAUCAAUGUACCUGUGAGUGUAUUUGUUCUUAGAUGUUGCUGUGUAGCUGUUACUUGUAAAUACUUUGACUCGUGCGGAACGGAUAAAAUGCAAUGUGUACUUGAUAUUUUCUACAGCUUUGAGUUUCGAAAUCGUUAUUUUAUGAUUUUGAUAUCCCUG